AUGAAACUCGAGUGUCCAAAAGCAAAGGGACAGUUGUUAAUAUUUGGAGCCACCAACUGGGACUUGAUCGGCAGAAAAGAGGUCCCCAAACAACAAGCGGCGUUCAGGAACCUAGGCCAGAACCUGUGGGGCCCUCACCGUUACGGUUGCCUGAACGAGGUGUCUGUGAGCAGCGUGGUGUCGGGGCCCUGCGCUGCCUUCAGCCUCCUCAUCACCACAGAGGGAAAGCUCUGGAGCUGGGGUCGUAAUGACAAAGGGCAGCUGGGUCACGGAGACACGAAGCGCCUGGACCAUCCCAAACUCAUCGAGGCUCUGUCUGAGCAGGUGGUGGUGUCUGCAGCCUGCGGUCGCAACCACACUCUGGCUCUGACAGAGGAUGGAACGGCCUUCUCUUUUGGAGAGAACAAACUCGGGCAGUUAGGCCAAGGCAGCCAGACGGACGCUGUGCUGAGCCCUGCCACAAUCUCGUACAAUGGGCAGCCUCUGGUGAAGGUGGCCUGUGGGGCAGAGUUCAGUAUGGUGGUGGACUGCAAAGGAAACCUCUACUCCUUUGGAUGUCCAGAUUACGGGCAACUGGGCCACAACAGUGAUGGAAAGUACAUUGCUCGCUCAAACCGGAUCGAGUUCGACUGUGAGCUGAUCCCGCGGCGCGUGGCCCUGUUCAUAGAGAAGUCCAAAGACGGUCAGAUCACACCGGUCCCCAACGUGGUGGUCCGAGACGUGGCCUGUGGCUCCAACCACACACUGGUGCUGGACUCCCAGAAGAGAGUCUUCAGCUGGGGCUUUGGUGGUUAUGGUCGCCUGGGUCACACGGAGCAGAAGGAUGAGAUGGUUCCUCGUCUGGUGAAGCUGUUUGACUUCCCGGGCCGCGGCGCUUCUAACAUCUACACAGGAUAUCAGUGCUCCUUCGCUGUCAACGAGAUGGGAGGCCUGUUCUUCUGGGGAGUGACCAACACCAGCAGAGAGUGUACCAUGUAUCCCAAGAUGGUCCAGGACCUGUGCGGCUGGAAGAUCCGCAGUCUGGGCUGUGGGAAAAGCAGCGUCAUCAUCGCGGCAGACGAGAGUACGAUCAGUUGGGGUCCGUCUCCCACCUUUGGAGAACUGGGAUAUGGAGACAACAAAGCAAAGUCAUCCACCAGCGCUCAGGAAGUGAAGACCCUGGACGGAGUCUUCUUGGAGCAGGUUGCUAUGGGAUACUCUCACUCUCUGGCGAUCGCCCGACAAGAGUCCGAGCAGGAGCAGGAGAAGCUGAAGAAGCUUCCAGAGUACAACCCUCGGACAGUUAUUUGGAGUGUUCACGGUGCUCCUCCUGCGGCCUGGUGCCGGGGGCCUGGUGCUGGGGGCCUGGUGCCGCUCAUCUGUGCCUUUGGCUCAUGUCCCAAUGCAGAGGAGGUACCAGCAGACCCCCCCCUCUCCUGUGAGUACAUACAGUAUGUGCAACAGCAGAGGAGGUACCAGCAGACCCCCCCCCUCUCCUGUGAGUACAUACAGUAUGUGCAACAGCAGAGGAGGUACCAGCAGACCCCCCCUCUCCUCAGAUGGUGCUCUGGAGCAGGGGGGGGGGCCUCUGGAGCAGGGGUGCCCUGGGACCCCAGCGGUGCAGUUAGCUCGAGAGAAGGAAGCACGCCUCUGUUUGCAAAAGGAAGAGGAGUGUUUGUGGUGACAUCAGAGAAAUUUGAAGCCUUGACUGGGACCAGCUCUGCCUCCCCCUCCUCCCCCCUCCUCCCCCAGACCCUGUCCUGCCUGGGCCUCCACUGUCGAGGUUCAGCUCCACGUGCGGCUCCCAGCUCUGCGUCACCUCCAGCGGGUUGCUUCACACCUCUGGAUCCUCGACGAGUUCAGCUCGAGCAGAUGUUCUGGUUCACACCGGACUUUCCAGAGUUUGGAGCUUGGUACCGUCUCCUUGGUCUUGCUGGUGUUGGCACAGGUACCGUCUCCUUGGUCUUGCUGGUGUUGGCACAGGUACCGUCUCCUUGGUCUUGCUGGUGUUGGCACAAGUACCGUCUCCUUGGUCUUGCUGGUGUUGGCCCAGGUACCGUCUCCUUGGUCUUGCUGGUGUUGGCACAGGUACCGUCUCCUUGGUCUUGCUGGUGUUGGCACAGGUACCGUCUCCUUGGUCUUGCUGGUGUUGGCACAGGACUACAGGAGCUGUGUGUACAGGAGCUGUGUGUACAGGAGCUGUGUGUACAGGAGCUGUGUGCACAGGAGCUGUGUGCACAGGAGCUGUGUGCACAGGAGCUGUGUGCACAGGAGCUGUGUGCACAGGAGCUGUGUGUACAGGAGCUGUGUGCACAGGAGCUGUGUGCACAGGAGCUGUGUGUAGUUUCUAUCAUACUGCUGUAA